GCUUUGUCGUUUCGAAAAAAGAGUUUCUUUCUUUUUUUUUGGAUGCAGUUGAAUGAAAGAGAGGAUGCAACAAUACUCAAAUUAGGGUUCACUGUACUCAAAAAAAGAUAUAUUGGAGACGCGAUGGAAGUAGUAGAACUAGACUUCAAGUGUUCCGAUGUUGGAGUUUGGAAGGAGGCUUUGUCUUCUUACGAGUCCCGAAUCGAGUCACUGAACAAACCAGAACUCGUCUCUCUCGACCAAUUCUACCGCAACGAACUCCCUUGUCUUCUUCACGACCGAGACCCUAACCCUUACCUCACCACCUCCGAGCUCUCUCAACUCAUGAAAUGGAAGCUCUCUCGCGGCAAAUGGCGGCCGCGUCUGCUGGAUUUUGUGUCGUCUCUGGACGAUUCAGUGGUGAAAUCUGCUUCUGAGAAAGCUUUCAAAUCGCUCCCUGACAUCUCCAAGGCUGUGAAAGAGCUCACGGUGCUUAAGGGCGUUGGUCCCGCCACCGCCUCCGCUGUUCUUGCUGCUUACGCCCCUGACAUUGCACCAUUUAUGUCCCUACGAGGAAAGGCAAUGGAGGUGGCUCUUGGUAGCUCAAAGGAUUACUCUUUGAAGCAAUACUUGUUGUUUGUUAAGCUACAUGAUAAAUCAAAGGAAUUAAAGUUGAAGGGAGAGUGGGAUGGGCCUUCAGAUAUCGAAAGAGCUCUAUGGAGUUGCACUGUGCGUGCAAAGUCACAACCAGAGAAGAGCUCUUCGGGGAAGAAAAGAAAACGGUAGGAGACCAGAAAGUGAACUUUGUAGAAUUUGUGUAGAUUUAUCUCUUCUUUCAUAAUCAAGACAGAAUCAUGAAUUUAUCACUUCAGCUCUUUUGGAAGUCAUAUCCGUAAUUGUUGAACUGUAGUAAGUGUUUUCGAAUGUUUUAUCAGAAUUCUGAGUGUUUUGAGAA